UCAGUUUAAUACAGUAUUUUUUUCAAAUUUUCGGCAAAAUUUGAGAAUAUGUACUUGAAACGUUGUCUUGUUGACGAAAAGUAUAAAUAUUGUAUUGAAUAGAUGUGCUUUGCACGAGUAUCGCGUUCGUCCUAAUGUCGUUUGUGGUAUAAUAAUGUGAUGCAUAUAAUGGAUAAUAGCGACAAAAUAAAUAAAAGCAUUGAACCUUGCCAAGAACGCGACAAACGUUAAAAAUAGUGGAUAAUCUUUAUUUGUUUUUUAUCUUGCAUCACGUGCAAAAUAAAGCAAUUGUGUACGUUCGAUUUUUUUAAAGCUAGUAAAAAUGGCGUGAGGCGUAAACAAUUAUUCCCUUUUUUCCAAAAUGUCCCUUAUAUAUCGAUAAAUUAAAAAUUGAUCUGAUUGAAACUUGGUGGAACGGAGCACAGAAGAAAUGAAAGCAGUGAUCGUCUAUACAUUGCUAGUCUUUAUAUCGCAUGAAUUAUCUGCAGAUAAAACCGGAUGCAGAAACGUAGCUUGCCCUAAACCAGAACCAUGUCCUGCGGAUAGUUACCACAAGCUCCUGGUGAAGCAUUUGCCGGUUCACAUUCCUCAUCAUCAACGAAGCAGUGUUGAAGAUAUGCGCUUAGAACGUGAUAAUGUUUUCAGUACGCGACAACAAGACCCCAAUAAAAUCUGGCCAACUACUUUGGAUCACCUUUACCAGAAACGGAGUAUCAAUGAUGAAGAUAUAUUAAUUCAAUAUUGCUGCCCACAUUACGAAUGCAUAUGUAAACCAAAUUUCUGUAACCAAGAAUGUCCUCCUAAUGAAAUACCAGUCAAUACGACCGCACCCACCGAUCCGAAUGAUCUACCAUAUGGAGUCCCUGGAAAUUGUUGCAUGCCUUGUAGAAAAAGCUACUGUAUAACGAAUACAUUUCGAAAGCAUAGUGAAAAAUGGCGAAGUGAUGACUGUACAACUUGUGAAUGCUACUACGGUGAGGUUAAAUGUCAGCAAUCUUAUUGCCAACCACCGGACUGUCUGAAUUACAAGCUGAUACCCGGCGAAUGCUGCCCUAUUUGUGAAAACAACGCUACUAACUUUUGUCGAGAUAUUCAAUUCUGCAGUAUUGAAUGCCAGUAUGGGUAUCGUCAACAAGGAAACUGUGACUUAUGUGAAUGCGCUAGACCAUUACGGAUUCAAACAACUAACGGAACUGAGUUUGCUAUUGUGAAAGGCAACGCAAUUAUUACAAAAGACAAUAUUACAGGUCCCUAUAAGCCAUACAACAAUACCAGUAUUCAUGUGCACAAUAUCCAACUAUGGGUUCUUAUAUUGUUAGUUCUCGGCUUUGCAUUAACACUUAUUCUAGUUACUGUUUGGUGUUGUCAUUUUCAUAAGAACACCAAAUACAGUACUGUUCGAAUUGCAUAGAACCAGCACUGAAAUUAAAACUGAUAUUCGUGCUGCUUCCUGUAUUAAUUAAAAUGCACGAUCGUAUCAUUUGAUAAGGAUAUAUAAACUGAUAUCAAUGUUAUUUGCAAUAAUAUGUUAUGGUUUUACAAUUGUUGAUAUCGUAAAUGUAAGUGAAAGUAUUGUUCAAACUAUAGUUUUUUACUCUUUAGAGUCUGAAUAGCAUGCAAAGAUGAUUAAAAGUCUUCCGUGAACGAUGGGAAGAAUCGUGGCUCUGCAUUUCUAAGUAGAAAAAAAAACAUCUAUACCUUAUAUGCUACUAUGCAACCACAAUUACUGUCGAUAAGAAAUAAGUUCGAGAAAAUUGUGAUAAAUUGUAUAUAAACGAUAUUUUGCAAAAUCACUAAGUUUCUAUGUUUAAUCAAAGAUUUAUUUCACCAAACUGUUAAAAUUAUUGAUAUAGCAAUGUAAGAUAUUUGUUUUAUUCUAGGAAAUCGUAACGUAAAGACAAAAUGAUGUUUGUUAAACUUAGACUGUUUGAAUGGUAAAUCAAAUUAUUUAUUUAUUAAAGUUACAAUGAUAUCGAUGAGUAGAGUAUUUAUAAAAAAAAUUCUUUUUGGAUUACCGCCGAUAGCUGUUUAAUUUAGUUACUAUUUAUUAUAUUUUUGUUAUUGCAAUGUUAAGAAUAGCAUCAUGCCAAUACGAGGAAUAUUUGUUUAAACGACGGUAGUAUGGUGAUAAAUAAUAAUAAAAAAUGCUUCCACAUCAGCGGUAAGACUUGUUAGUACGCUGAAAAUAAAACCAUAUUGAUGUUAUUCAAAAUCAAUAGAAUUAUUCUGCUUUAUAUAUUAGAUAAAUAAAAAAACUUACAUAACAAGUCCGUACUCUUGCAUACAAAGCACAAUUUCUACAAACGUCGACAUUUAAUUAUGAUUUGUGUAAAGUUUCCUGAUAUAAUGGGUAUCCUACUCAAAUUCUUUUCUGCUAUAUUUGCUACCACAAAAAUGUGACAUAUCAAUUCGCUUAACAUAAAAUGAAAAUCGACAAGUCUAAGAAAUUGUAAAUUUCAUGUGUAAGAAUGAUUUAAAAAUUUAUCGGUCAAUACGAUAAUUCUUGAAAAUAAACCGUAUUCAUCCUAAACUACUCCUGUUAGAUGAGUGUCUCGCUUCUUAUCCUAUUUCUAUAUUUGCUCCUAUGAAUAUAACAUAUCUACUAAAUAUAAUCAUGAUCGUCAUAGCUAGGAACUGGCAAAUUUCAUAUCAUUUUUCUAGAUUUUCCAUCAAAUCGCUUAUUACCGCCAGACAUACACUGUUUAAAAAUGAAGUUUGUAAGAUAUAGAAAAACAUUAUAGAUACUGUACCUUUUCAUUGAGUUAGAGUCAGGUUCAGUUUUUACUAAUAUGAUUCCAUGUACCGGACGAAAUUCGAAUGUCAUGUCUUUUUUAUCGGGCCCACAAUCUAGGCAUGUUCCAUGGUGAUUCGACUAAUUCGAAGAUUAUGUUUAUAAACGAAGCUUCUUCUGAAGUUGAAGAUAUGUCGACAGGUCUAGAAUAUAGAAUGUCAGUUUAGGAAGAAUUGUUAAUAAUUUUUAAAAGACAACAAAAACGAAAGUUUGAUUUUAGAGUUUCGUAUUAUCCAGAAUGUUGAAUUUUGAUUCUAUGGUAAUCUUUUUACUUAUCUACAGAAAGCGCAAGGCUAAUUAACUGAUAAAAUCAUUCAAGGCAUGCGUGUGUUAAUUACUGGUCGUAAGGAGGUAAUGUGCACUCCCUAAGAAAAGAUCAGUUUCGCGCCAACUCAAACAAAUGUGGGUAGCAUCCUUUUUGAUUUUAAUGGAGUUCCGUCACAAAAAUCCACUUUUCAUACUUUGUUUGUCCAAAAUAGAUCUAGAAUGCCUUUUGAAAAGGGCCAAACAUGUUUUACAUAUAUUUUUUUAAAUGAAUAUGAAAUUUUGCAAAACACUUACGAAUUGUUGCUUCGUCCGGUGCAGAGUCUGGAUAACACUCAUCAAGCCAUUUUUUGGUAUCGGCGGCACUUUUUUUCAUCAUAAAGUAGUGUUUCAUCAACACACGAAAUUCCUUUUUUUCCAUUUUUUUCACAAUAACAAAAGUAGCUUCACUCAAAAUGCAAUAUCUCACAAACUAAUAAUCAGACAGCUGUCAAAUUUAUACACGUAUCUUUUGAAGGUUGGUACUAACUGAAAAUGGUAUGGAUUUAAUUCUAGUGGCGCCCUCUCAUAGAAACGAUACGAACUUUUCAGCCGAUCUGUUAGUCGGUAAAUUAAUAAUCCUACAAAAAUGUAUUGUACAAGUGAUUUUCCUGAAAUCAGUCAAAUUAUUUAUAUUGAAAAAUUUUCAUUUGGUCAUACACUAAAAAAAUAUUUAAAGUCGAUUAACAUAUUUUGAUGGAAUUUGGUCCAAGAUCGGAAAUUAUGUUCCCUACCAACUGUUAGUGCAUAGCAAGAUGAGCACUUUCAAUGAGAAAAAGUUUUUCCGAGCUGAAUUUUUUCCAGUGUUUUUUCAUCGAAAACUAAACCAAAUUGAAAGUCGUGAUCAUCCAAGAAUCCAAUAGAUCUAAUAUAGAGGCGAUUUUACAGAAUACUCUUUUGCUAGUAGUCUGCAAAAAAAAUAUCAGUACUGACCUAGAAAAGCUUUUAGUAAGAAAAAUAUUUAUUUUUGAAAAUUUUCAUCUCGCAAUACGUGGACGAAAAUAGUUGCUGCGAAUCCUACAAAAAUGUGUUGCAUCAGUGGUUUUCCUAAAAUCAUUUAAAUUUUUGAAUGGAAACUCUGCAAAUAAUUCAAAUUGAGUCUUACACUAAAACAAAUUGUGUUUAACACUUUGAUUUAACUGGUAUACAAAGUUUGGCCCUUCUCGAAACACAGUCUAGAUCAAUUUAGGAAACACAAAGUAAGCAAAGUGGAUUGUCGUGACAAAGUCUAAAUGUCCAGAAAGAUCCAUUGAGAUCUGACUUUGAUUUGACGCGCAAUCCGUCAAUACAGAAUAAUACACAAAAUUCUCACUCACUUUAAUAGUUUUGAUUCAUUUUGGUUAGUGAUAACUUUUUUGAGAAUUUUCAGUAACUGCUGAUAAGAUCCAAAGAUGUGAUUUGUGCGUUUUUCCCAUCCAUCGAUAAUGACCUCGUUUAUUGAAUAAGGGAGUAACUGACAUGUAAAAUGGCAGCAUCAGGCUUAUAUAAACUGCGAUGAUCUGUCCCUUUUGAAGUUCAAGUAGUGAGCAGUUAUUGUUAUCUUAUUUAAAGUACAGUACAAAUGCGAAAACAAUACAAUAAUAUGAUAUUUUAUAUACAGAAAUGUGUUGGUAAUAGUAAUGAUUCUUAGUUGCCCCGAAAACAGGAAGAUAUAUUUCAUCGUCAUUUGAAUUUUCUGUGUGAGAUUUUCAUUAACAUAUUCGUAGUUAUUCGGAAACUCAUACAAUGACUCUUCUGAAUCAUGACUAUAUAAAUUCACAUUGGAAACAAUUGUGUGAUCACACGUUAUUGAAGCAAAGCAAUAGUCAUCUUUUUCAGGAAAAUUUCAUUCUAUUCAAAUAAUAUGUGGUCAAACAUUAAAAUAUAAGGAUCAUUGUAGGAGAACUAUCAGUAUCGAUCUAGAUGUAAAUAAAAAUAGAUGCAUUCAAAACAUUUUAAA